ACUUUUUUUCUUAGAGUAUCAGUUGAAAUUUUCAUUUAAAAAUUCGGAGUUCUGCCAUGAGUUCUGGCAACUCUUCGGAAGAGUUCUUUUUCUAUAAUCGAUUAAGAAUUUUAAAACUCUUUGGGCAACUAAAACUAUUCUUAUCAUUUUGAAAAGUUUUCAUAAAAGUGGAAUCAACUUUAUAGAGUUGGUUUUUGAACGCAUCUCAGAAGAAGUUGAUUGUUACUAAGCGAUAGUCUUUUGCCGCGCGCUGGUCCUUAGCCGCUGUCCCUCGCGUUUCUCUGUUAUUGCAAAUAGCAAUUGUUGGAACAGACGGUUGCAUAGAAACUGUCCUUCUGCAUAACAGAUAAUAAAUAUCUUAAAAUUUAAGUGUGAACGGAGUGGAGCAACAACUAUGGAGCAGUUCCCGGGAGAACGUAUCGGCACAAGCAUAUACGUGUAUGAUAAUUACGUUUAUCAUAAAGAUAAACGUUGUCAAGGGAUUUUUCGAUGCUCAGCCCGAAGAAGUGAGGAGUCUUAUGCGAUUUUAAAGCAGAACUUAGAUGAUACGUACACAUUGAGCUCAUCGCAUACGCAUCUGCCAGACAACGUUAUAUUGGAGCAGCUUCGAAUGAAGCAAGAGAUGCUGCAAAUGUGUCGGGAGACAUUGAUGAAGCCCAAAGAAAUUUUUGACACAGUAUGUCGAAGAUAUCCUACAGCGGCUACCGAAGUAACAUAUAACUCUAUGAGAAGUCUUUUGAAUAGAGAACAAUUACGGAAAAGACCGGAAAUACCGCGAACCGUUGCCGAACUAGAAAUGAUAUUAAGCAAUUACGAACCGAUACGACACAUCUACAAAGGCACGGUAGUGUCAGAUGAAGGAUACAGAGCCGUUAUUUUUACAAGUGACGCUCUGUUAAACGCUCUAGCAGAAAGCAAGGAGAUUUAUAUAGAUGGGACGUUUUCGGUAGUUCCCAGAGUGCCAUUGUUCGCACAAUUGUAUACCAUCUAUGUGCGAUAUAUGGAUACGGGUAUAGCUGUCGCCUUUGUUUUGUGUGAAAAACGCACAAUAAGUGUAUAUACAAAAAUGUGGCAAAAAUUGAAGGAACUACGUCCAUUGGAAAGAGUGGAGUCAGUGAUGAGCGAUUAUGAACGUGCGGCAAUGACGGUUGCUAGAGAAAUUUUUCCAAAUUCGCGAAUAACUGGCUGUUGGUUCCACUAUAAUCAGGCCGUAGUGCGACGGUGGAAGUCACUAGGAUUGAUGAGAGCUCCAAGAAAGAUUCUUGGUCUCACCAUGGCCUUACCGUUGACUCCGGCUAACAUGUUCGAACAAGGUCUACAAAUUAUCCAAGAAGAAGCCGAUGUAAUAUCAGCAGAGUAUCCUGCUGUAUUACAAUUUGCUGUUUAUUUACGACAAACUUGGCUUCCAUUAAAAGAAAAAGUCUCCGUUUAUGAUAUCCCCAUACGAACCAACAAUUUAGUAGAAAGUUUCUACUGCGUAAUGUUCCGUAAACUUGGCGGAAUUCAUCCAAUCAUUUGGAAUUUUCUUCAUAAUCUAACUGAUUUGAUCACCGAUAAAGAAAUCAAUCUCACAAGGCUGGAACGUGGAUUGAAUGUAAAAAGAGUGCGCGUCCAGCAAAAUAGGACUCGUGAUAGACGCAUUGCGGAGGCACAAUCUUUGUUGAACUCUGGAAGAUAUUCCUUGAAAGAAUUUCUUUUGACGCUCAGCAAUGCAGCAUAUUUACCGAAUAAACGAUGAUUCACAAAGUACAGAUGACGAUCAAGAAGUGGCAGACGGUAAUUUAUUUGACGCGCAUGCAGUGGAGUAGCCUCCUCCUGCACCAUCAAUCCAAUCUAUCGAUGGAAAUAAUUCCGACAACUCCGCAAGUGGUACGGCUACAGUUGCGUCUGAAGACAGUCGUAUUAUUCAGAAUGCUGGAGCGACGGGUCAAGAGAGGAGGAAUCGUGGCAGGCCUCCUAGCCGUCGUGGACGACGUGGUAGACUCGCGAGAAUAAAUCAAAAUUUAAUUCGCGAAGUAGAAGGUAACAUGUUUUUAUCAUUUAUGCAAUAAUGAUAAUUCUGUUUGUUUAAUGCUAUUU